AUGAGAGCUACACCGCCCCUCAGCCACGCGGACGAAGCGGGAAAAAGAAGAGGAGGGCAACAGCCGCGACGUCCGCUGUUCGCAGCUCGCCGGCCGAGAAGAGGGCCAAGCAAGAUUUCGCCCCUGACGCCGACGGUUUUUCCCCGGCCCGGUGAACUGCAAGACGCUUGCAGUCAUCGACGACGCUUCCAACUGCCGUCGCCAACUCAUUCGACGCGCUCGCUGACGCGCCGGAACAGCUGCCGCGCGAUCCUGCGCCGCAGAAAGACUCCCAUCGGUGUCUCUUUCGCGGCAGCAGCGUCAGGGGCGACCUCCGCCGUCCCGACUGCGUCGGCCGCUCCUACUCCCGCCGCAUCCGAGGUCGUGCCGACACCUGAGGCUCCUGCACCUCCACCACAGCUGCUAGUGGCGGAACCGGGAACUGCCUCUCCCGAGGCGUCGCGUCGGCCGGACCGCGCCCCGCCAACCGCCGGCGCGGGGGUCACCGCCCCGUGGGUACCCAGCGCUCAGCACCGUCAGUCGAGUAGCCCCAGGUGGACUCUCACAGCGAAGCAGCCGCGCCUCCCCCUUCCAGCGACGGGGCCGCGCCGGCUGCCUCCGCCGCUGACCUGGCCAGCCUCGUCGCGCAGCUCACUGCCCUGGUGA